GCAGGUUGAACGGGAGAUAUCUCAACGAUUGAGGCCGACGACUCAAGCACCGCGAGGUUACUAUGGACGAAACGGCCUUUGGGGAAGGUGUCGAACCCGUGGACCUUGAGGUCCGCGCUCAUGUGUACAGUUUGGUUACCGCGCUAGGAGGAUUCAAUGGCGAAGAUGCGGAUAAAUAUGUGCUGGGCGACGAUGCCCUGGCGUGUCUGCGCGAUAUUAAACGCUGGCUAAGGCUUUACGACCAAAAGAAUAAUCGGAUGGAUGUGGCACGAUGUCUGGGGGAAGCGAAUGUCGUCAACGGGGAUCUGCUACCCAUCCUGGCGGCUUGGUCGGAGAACGAGCGGAAAAGCAAGCAUCUGUUCAGGAUUGCAAUGGCAUGCUUGGAAUUGCUGGUGCCUUUGACCUGGCCGUUAGAGAUACACGGCGAGACGACAGUCAACCAUCAUCGACAUAUCCCGUACCUGCAACAAGCCCAAGUGUCGUACAAGCGGCGGUUUCUUAGCCAUUCAACCUUGGACCUGUUACGAACCAUCAUCCGCAUUGGCCUCCCGAGUAUGGCAAUUCCGCGAUCUGAACGGACCGGCCGGGACGAAGGCAUCCUGAGGAUAAUGCUGUAUUUUUUCCGGAACGUCGCCGUGAUUACACCGAAUGCCCGUCUUGCCGCAGAAGGCGAAGAGGAGGAAACAUCCCGAUCCGCGACUAUCAACGCCUUCCAGAACCAGGACGUCUUUGCCCUUCUCCUGACCAUGUGCUCCAACAUCAGCGACGACUUCAAUAUGUUCGACGUGAUUCUCCUGGAAACUUUGUUCCAUAUUGUGAAGGGGGUCAAUGUGGACAAGCUCUUCAUGGAUGAUUCCCAACGGACCGCCAAGCGCACGGAUGAGCUCGAUGGUUUACUGCGUAAGGAGGAGUCCCUGCGGAAAGAAUAUGCAAAAGGUGCACCGACACGGCAUGGACGCUUUGGGACGAUGAUUUGGGUUAAACGUGACGACGCCAAGGUGUCCACAGUGUCUGGACAGAAUGUUCUCAAGGACGGCCAAACCACACUCCACAAAAUGGAUCAGAGCAAGAAGUGGAAUAAACCCCAGCCGCGUCGACGACAGGACCAUCCAUCUAUCAAAAACGAUUUUAGUACGCCGGUCCAUCUCAACUCCGAGGCCUCGGAGAACCUGCGAAAAUUUGUCGAAGAAUUCUUGGAUUCCGGCUUCAACCCGCUUUUCACCAAUAUUAGAAAAGCCAUAGAACGCGAAGCUGAUCGUGUGCUGGAUGAGAACUCUCUCCAUUACUUCUACACCGUCUCGUGGUUUCUCGAAGCAGAGCGCACACGACGUCUUCGUAAGCGCCAGAGGCGCUCACAGGAUGGGAAGCCUAAGGAGACGGAGCCGGACAGCUUUGGUCUUGUUGCCAGUGUCCUCAAUCAGGAGACGUUUGUCUUCUUGAACAGGUCAAUGCAAUGGAGUUUCGAUAACAAGGAUUGGGAAGGUCUCAACGCUGAAAUGCGAUGCUUCACCCAAAUCCUGUUGACCGUCCAAGAAAUGGCCCUGUCGCCCCUCGACGAGGACCAAGAGAUUGCCGAGAACAUUCAAAACCGGAUCUUCUACGAAGGGACGACACAUGACCGCAUGGCUGCCAUCAUGCACAGGUACAAAGAUCAAGGCUUCGGCUACCUGGAUGCAUGCACUGAGCUCUGCCAUGUCUUUUUGCGGAUGCUCGAGCGAUACUCCAAGGAGAACGCUGACAUGCAGGUCAAAGCCAAACAGCGGACAAGACGCAAGAAUAAACAGGCUGAAGCGACCGGUGACGAGAACAACGAGGAAGACAACGCAUCGGAAGAAGAGGACCACGCCGAAGCUGAAAGGGUCUCCAAGGAACGCAAGUUCGAUUACAGGAAAUUCGAGCAGAAAUUUUGCACGCAGGCUUGCGUCGACACCUUUGUGUCGUACACGAAAUUUUACGGAGAAUUGACUGAGGAGCAGUUGAAACGCGCUCAUCGCUACUUUUACCGGGUGGCCUUCAAAAACGAGAAAAGCGUUUUGCUGUUCCGUGUGGAUAUCAUUAAUUUAUUUUACAGGAUGAUCAAGGGUCCUGGUGCCAUGGACUCCAGCCAACCGAUCUUUAAAGAAUGGGAGGAACUGGUCCGGCAGAUAAUCAGGCGCCUGAUGAAGAAGCUCGAGCAACGCCCUGCGCUGUUCACUGAGAUGCUAUUUAGCAAGAUCAACUCGACUGCAUCCUAUCUUGAGUACGGACAUGAACGGCAGACGGUCUCGACAGCCCAAAAGUCUAUCGUGGAACUUGAGGUGGAUCCAAAAGAAGGGUCAACACUUGAGCGAAAGAUCGCCAUUGUAGUGGCUGCCAUUGUCAAAGAUGACCAGAGUGCCCUGGUCAGAUGGGUUAGCGACGUCCAAGGAUCAGCGGCUGAAGAAAGGGAGGCCUGGGAAACUCAAGAAGCCGCUCGGCGGGUUGAAGACCCUACGGUAGCGACCACGUCAAACCCUCCCAUCGACGUCAAACCUCGGGACGACGCAUGUCGACAAGCCCUCAAAUCCAACGCCAAGUUACGCCUCCUUAUGACAUUGGUUAAAUUUGAACUCCUCGGAGAGGAUGACCCGAGACCUCGCUGGGAGAUACCGUCGACCAUGGACUCCAAGGAGAUCAGAGAGAUCAAAUCGAUCGUCGACCAAAAUCUCGCCAGCCCGAUUGCGGAAAAUACCGACCCCUGCGAGCUGCUUCGGCGCAAAUUCAACCACGAAGCCAACAAGAGCAGCGUUCAUCAAACGACGCUCGACGUCAAUUUCGGCUCCGAAUCAGAGGGCGAGGAAGUUCCCGACGGGCCUUUGUUCCCGCCGAACCCGCGGUCAAAGGCCAGCGCGCUGGAUGAAUUGAAGAAGAAACGCAAGAAGCGUAGCAAAGAAAAUCAGGACGAAGUCGACGAAGCUGUUCUUGAAGAGCGCCGCAAGGUCCGUUCAGAGGCGACCCGUGAACGCAUUGCAAAAAUCAAGAGCGAUCUCUUUGUCCAUGCAAGCGACGAGGAGAGCGACGAGGACGGGGAUGAAGAGUUCUUCCGUCUCGAGGAACAACGACGGAAAGCUCAGUCGGAGAGAAUCAAGAAAGCUUUGCUGACGGGCCGGGUGGAGGGAGAAGACAGUGCCGGCCUCAAAGGGCGAGGCAGACGCAAGCGCCAAAGCGAUGUGUCCAAGUCGAAGGACACAACAUCCCAGAGCAAACGACAACGGCGUAAGAACCCGGUUGCUGAAUUCGACGAUGACGAUACCGUCAUGGGUGACGACGACGUUCUGGCAUCUGCACUGCCCCAGACUACGACCGACAAUGAGAUGGAAGAUCACACAAAUACACCUCCCCGGUCAAUGGAUGAUGAUCUCAACUUCGACGACGACCUGGCAUUCAGCCGGGAUCAUGGGAGAGACCGGGGACUGUCUGAUUUGGAGUCCCCUGAUCCAACUCGCCCCGAUGCCAGCGCUGAAGCCGGGAACGACGAGGAUGAAGAGACACCAGUCGCCGCACCGUCUCGAAGAAGAAUGCGUGCUGGGUUCGUAAUCGACAGUGAUUCAGAGUAAGACGAAUUUGAUCAU